GGUUGGCCCCCGCCCUCCCGCUCACCGUCCGGUCGCCAUGACUGCGCGCGGGACUCCGAGCCGCUUCCUGACGAGCGUCCUCCACAACGGGGUGGGUCGCUACGUGCAGCAGCUGCAGCGCCUCAGCCUCAGCCUCAGCCGGGAUGCGCCCUCGUCCCGCGGUGCCAGGGAGUUCGUGGAACGCCAAGUGACCGACUUCGCCCGGCGCAACCCGGGGGUCGUGAUCUACGUGAACCCGCGGCCGUGCGCCGUGCCCAGGAUAGUGGCCGAGUACCUUAACGGGGCCGUGCGCGAGGAGAACGUCAACAGCAAGUCGGCGGAGGAGAUCACGUCGCUGGUGCAGAAGCUGGCCGACCAGUCCGGUUUGGAUGUGAUCCGCAUCCGCAAGCCCUUCCACACGGACAACCCUAGCAUCCAGGGCCAGUGGCACCCCUUCACCAACAGACGGACGGCCCCCCGCGGGCUGCGGCCCAGAGAACGCGAGGACCCCGCUUCGGCACAGGCACGGUAAAGAGCGCGAGGAAAUGGGGUCCUCUUGCGGAUGUCAAGCGCAGGCAAAUGAUUGGAGCCCACCGGCGGGGGCGUGGCCCGGGAUAAAGGAGAGCUGACUGCGAUUGCCCACUGCUAGGUACCGUGACCUUGCCAACACCCUAAUUCUGGUUCCGUUGGCCUCUUUGCAAGCCGAGAUGUACAGGGUCCUUGUUUUCUGGAAUCCCAAUGACAACUGAUUUCAAAACACAGUGCACGGUCUAGAGGCUGCCCUCUGAAGAACUCGCGAUGUCCUGUUGCUCUUGCUGGGGCCUGACAUUGGGCAAGGCACCGUGUGUCUGUGAGUGUUUGUGUGCAGAUUAGAAAACUGAAGUCAUUAAACGUACCCGAGACUG